CCUUUCUUUACUCUAUCAUACCAAUUCACCUAUUUUCACAUCUAAGUCUAGCAAAUCUUCUCUCUACUCUCUUGCACCAACAAAACUGUACGUAUAUCAACGGCACGACCAAGGCAGAUGAUAGCUCCCCCCAAAAUAAUAUGAUACCACCUUUCCUGCUCGAGUUGUUUCUAAAAUGUGCGAUUUUGCAGGUUAUGAUACUGUAAGAGGCGGUCGCGCUCUGCGGUAGUAAAAACGCAGAAUACUGGGAAUCAAGUUUGAAGCUCUCUUGAGCCGCUCCCGAUAUGUCCGAGACUCGAUAUUUUACAGUUCGGCCGCUCUCGAAACAGUCCAGAAAUGAUCAUCGAGAUGCCUUUCGCGUUUAUCUAUCGUUGUCAUCGUUGGCUUUCCUUAAACUCCGCGCGGGAGAACCAUGCAAUAUUUAUCUCCCUGGUGGUUCAUCGAGAACGGCAGUAGCUUGGAAUGCGACCGAGAACAUCCAGAAUACUGUUGUACAGACUUCAAGAACACUUCAAGAACGUUAUGGAAUAAAAAUCGGCGAAAAGAUUACAAUAUCUAAGACCGACGGGCCUCUGGACGAGAUCACUAGAGUCUCCAUAUUGGAGUGUUCAGAUAGUGAUAGGCUUGCAAAGUACGGCGCAAUCCCACCCUCUGACAUAUGUCACUGGUCUUGGUCUUUGGAGCUCCCUCUCCUAAAUUGCGAUGGCAUUACUGUCGGCCUAGUGUUUGAGCUAGAGCUUAGGAACCAGCGUCGAAGUUUCCGAGUGGCAGACGUUUCAUGUCAUGAAGGAAGUACCUCCAGCACCCUUUUCAAAUUCACUGAAUCCAGCAGAAUAAUAAUGGGCGAAUAUUUGGAAAAGCCGUUAGAGCGCGGGACUUCCAACAUUCAGGUUCGGCCUGCUGGCCUGGGUGGGAUGGACCAGCAAAUUGAGAGCAUCAAUGAAAGCCUUACUGAUUUUAACCUCGGCCCAGUCAAUCUAGUAAUGCCGUCAUUUUAUGAACAUAGUCGUGGCAUACUUCUAUAUGGCCCCAAGGGAACGGGUAAGACGGCGCUUUUGGGACAGAUUGAAGCAGCAGGAUGGAAUAAAACGUUCCAUAUUGGUUCCUCCACUUUUGGCCGGAAUAUUGGGGAUGCCGAAUCGAAGUUGCGCAAUGUAUUCCAAGAAGCAAAGCGCUGUCAACCGAGUGCGGUUAUCAUUGAUCAGGUGGAAUUCAUUGCGCCCAGACGGACAUCGCUUGACGCCCAGUCGUUAGCAUCGGUUCUAUGUGAAUGCCUCGACGAUGCAAAGAGUGCGCUUAUACUGAUCGUGGCUGCAACUCGGCAUCCAAAUGAUGUCGAUGAUGCCCUGAGGACCCCGCAUCGACUGGCAAACGAGAUCGAGCUGCAAAUCCCGACAGCACAAGAUCGAGGUCAAAUAUUACGUGCUAUAUGUGGAUGCCCGUCCCCAACACUGAGUGACAGUCUCAUAGACUUGAUUGCGGAAAAAACACAUGGUUAUGUUGGAGCGGACUUGUUUGCCCUUCUCCAACUAAUUUGUCGCAAGGCACGGCAAAGACAGACACUGGAGGAUGGAAUGUCUUCUCCCAAGGACCAAACACCUGCCGACACUACAGUGGAAGUCCUGACUACCCGGGAAACAGCUAUAGGACUCAAGGUUGAAGAAGUUGAUGUCCUAUCAGCCCUACAGGAAACUCGACCUACUGCUAUGCGAGAAGUGUUUUUGGAGACGCCUAGAGUUAAAUGGUCGGACAUCGGUGGACAGCACGAAAUCAAGAGACGCUUACAAAAAGCCGUGGAGAGGCCCUUGAAGUACCCAGAACGAAUGAGAAGGCUUAAUUUGAACAGCAAGAAAGGCGUACUCCUAUAUGGGCCGCCAGGGUGCUCUAAGACGUUGACCGUGAAAGCACUGGCCACGGAAGCAGGGCUGAAUUUCUUGGCGGUUAAGGGAGCUGAGAUACUCAGCAUGUACGUUGGAGAAUCAGAACGAGCAUUGCGAGAAAUUUUCCGGAAAGCACGUUCUGCAAGACCCAGCAUCAUAUUCUUUGAUGAGAUUGAUGCAAUCGCGUCAAGACGUGGAAGUUCAUCACAGGGAGGCGUUAAUGUCCUCACAACCCUUCUCAAUGAGAUGGAUGGCAUCGAGGAAUUGAAAAGCGUCCUCGUCAUUGCCGCUACAAACAAGCCUGAGGUGCUAGAUCCGGCUUUGAUGCGCCCUGGUCGGCUUGACAAUAUACUUUACAUCGGACCUCCUGACCAUGAGGCGCGGAAGGAGAUUUUAAACAUAUGGUUCCGCAAGUCUGUUAUUGACCCGGAAGUGGAGGUGGACAUAUUAGCCUCGAAAACAGAAGGUUAUUCCGGGGCUGAGAUCGUGAGUAUAUGCGAGACAGCCGGUGAUGCUGCCUUGGAUGAAGAAGAGGAGACGGGACAAGCACAGGAUAUCCGAUGGGAGCAUUUUGAGCAUGCGCUCAAGCAGGUGAAAAGACAGAUAACAGCAGCGGUUAUCGAAGAGUACGAACGAUGGAGUGACUCUGUUGACAUGUAGGCGCAACUGCAUUUGGAGGUUUUAUAGAUACCUUAAAGCAAUCCAUGCCGUCUAGCUCCACUGCAACGCGCCUCGCAGUGGAUUCACUGAUAAAUUGAGGAUGAAUAGAUGGCGGUAGUUCUACCCAGGACA